GCCCCAUGAACUGCGGACUGGAGAGUCGAAGCUCCGUCCGACAAUUGUUCAGUUGCCUCAUCCUGAUAUCUCCAUCACUCCGCACACCCUAUUCCCGUCCACUCCUCCACCGCUGACAAGGUCUGCUGAACUCUGACAGCGAAUCCUUCGUCAUGCUCGCUCUCCUUGACCCUAUCCACCGGUGUUUGUGACAGCUCCGUUCGGUUUGCCCGCCAACCACCAUGGACGCCUUUCCCCCCCAAGCUCCCUCUCACGGCCUCGUCCAUGGAUGGGGAGUGGAAACAGCCAAAGGCGGCACGGGGGGUCGUUUCUCUCGCCUAGUCCUAAUCCUAGCGGGCGUAUCGGCCCUCUCUGCAACCUUGGUGACUGUGGUAUCCGUGUGGCUACAAGCGAAGAACUACCGCAAACCGCUGCUCCAGCGCUAUGUCGUCCGCAUCCUUCUUAUGGUCCCCAUCUACUCGGCGGCGUCCUGGGUGAGCCUUAUAUCCUUACGUGUUGCCUUCUGGAUUGACCCCUUUCGGGACGUUUAUGAGGCUUUCACCAUCUACACUUUCUUGCAACUGUUGAUCAACUUUAUGGGUGGAGAACGGUCCCUGAUCAUCACCAUGUACGGCCGACCACCCGUCUCACACGUCUGGCCCUUGAACCACGUCCUCCCCAAAGUCGAUAUUUCCGACCCCUACACCUUUCUGGCCAUCAAGCGGGGCAUCCUCCAAUAUACAUGGAUGAAGCCGAUAUUGGCAUUGGCGGCCAUCAUCAUGAAAGCCACCGGCACAUAUCAAGAGGGCUACAUUGGCGUUUCGUCCGGAUACUUUUGGAGCGGACUGGUUUACAACCUCAGUAUCACCGUGAGCUUGUAUGCUCUCGCGAUGUUCUGGGUAUGUAUGAGUGAAGACCUGACGCCAUUUCGGCCCAUGCCGAAGUUUUUAUGCGUCAAGGGAAUCAUCUUCGCGUCGUAUUGGCAGGGGUUCUUCUUGUCGGUCCUCGUCUGGUUGGGCGCCCUGCCGGACAACGUUCCAGGCUAUACGCCCGACAACUUGGCGGCUUCCAUCCAAGACACGUUGAUCUGCUUUGAAAUGCCCGCGUUCGCGCUGGCGCACUGGUAUGCAUUUUCAUGGCACGACUAUGCCGACAUCACCAUCUCCGCCGCACGGUUGCCGGUCAAGCACGCGUUGCGGGACGCGUUUGGGCCGGUGGACCUCAUCCAGGACACGAAAGAGACGUUCCAAGGGGGUCACUACGAGUAUCGAUAUUUCGAUGCGGAAAAUGACGUCCUGGCUCACGAGGACUCCACCUCGCGCACGGCGCGAAUGCACCAUGGCAUGCGGUACGAGCGAGGCGGGAAAGGGAAGUAUUGGAUCCCUGCCCCCGGACAAGGCAGCCGGGCGCCACUCCUGGCCAAAGUCCGAUCCAGUCGAGCGAGAGCGAUGAGUCCCGGUCCGAGCCGUGCCCUGGACCCAGGGAACUACGGCACCAGCAAUGAUGUGGGUGAAUUGAUCCUCGACCCUGAAGAUGAGCGAUUGUUUGACAAUGCUCGAUCGUUGGAGUUUGGGGACUGGAAUUAUCCCGUCAUCACAGCGCACACUCCGAAUCCUGAGCAGCGGCGAUAUCGUGAUCCCCGAAUCAUCACUGUUUCCACCAACCGCCACUUACUUCAGCCCACCAAAGAAAAUCGACGGAGACGGAAACAUCAAAUCUCCGAGGUUCAGUCUGCCGUCGACAAAGGAAAGCAUCGAGGGAGCAGCAGCAGUAGUGGAACCGGGUCGCGCUCCAAAAAGAAGCCUCCCAUUGGGUCUCCAUUGCGAGAAGAGUCAUCCUCAUCCACCAGCUCCGCAACAUCAAAGCGGAGCCAAUUGGUGGAUCUCGUUGUGGAGGAUCACGAGGCGGAGGCCGUAGAGCGGGUCCGACACAGAAAAGAAGGGAGUCCUUCCUGGAACGAGGAGCAGCCGAAGCAUUUCGUUCGUGCGCACCCGAUCGAAGGACAGGAGGAGGCGGUUCGGGAAGGCUAUGAGCCGUCCAAGGACGCUCCACUCCAGCCACACGACGAAGAGCAACGCCACAAUCCGAACAUGCCCUUCGCGGUGGAGGAUGACAGGGAUGAGGAGGAGCGGGAGGGGCAAUGGCAGAAACGGGCGGACCGCAAUUUGGACGAGCCGGGUUAUCACUACGGCAGCGACGAGCAAGCAGCAUGGGGGUCUGAACGAUGAUAACGGGCCCUGUGCUUCAUUUGUAAACCUCAGGUUGAAGGUUGGAUAUGUAGCGAAUCUUCUGGUUUCAGAAAUUCCUCGCGGCAGCGGCUCCUAGAUCUCAAACGAGUGAACUGUGUUUCAUGCUGAAGCUGUGCAACCGGGCAGAGCAAACUGUUGCUCAAACAACUCGGUCUGUGCAAACUGCCAUUGCGGUGACGGGAAGGGGACGGGGGACGGUAAGGUGUGGUAGUUCAUACCAGCUGUACCGGGUAGAGAGCGAUGAUGUUCAGGAUAAGCAGAGAGCAAUCUACAUCAAGCGCAGGGAAGGGGGGGAGGCAGGAAAGGGCAGGGAAGAGAG